AUGCUCCACAGCCGCGACACAGCCUUUGACGUUCGCGGGCGAACUGGCGAACUGGUUCAUGAACUGGUUCGGGCAAUUGCUGCUUCGGCAAUGGCGAGCUCAAUCUUCAGCUCGGCGCUGGGCCUGCUGCCCGUGCAGACGAACACGCUGCCUGUGAACGCUCCGCCUUCAGCCUUCGUGCGCUAUGCAGCAGUCAGUCAUCCGACCGGAUCCUACACCACCGCAGCUGCGGCCAACGUAUUUCCUGCAGAGGUGUCGACGUCGCACCUCCCGAUCCAGCUCAGCGGCGAGCUGAUUGCUGGGCUCAUCCCCGGCGGCAAAGAGUUUACGGGUUACAAGGUUCGCGACUAUGGCCAGCUGCAGAACGAGGUGGCCAAGGAUCCCGAGGAGCAGGCCAAGAUGCGGGCGCAGACGGACGCUGCGGCGCCGGCGCUCAAGACGGCAGACGGAAAAUCGCUCGACCUGGGAUCGCUUCUGGAGGAAAGGAGCAAGGUGGAGACGGGAAGCGGCGAGGCGGCGCGCGUCGCGGCUCUGCGAGCCGAGCGCGAGGCCGCCGAGCGAGCAGCCGAUGAGAAAUUCCGGCAGGAGCAGCAGCUGCGCAAGGCCACGGACUUCAAGGUGCCCGAUUUCAAGGUCCCUGCGAUGCCGAGCACGGACUUUAAAGUGCCGGACUUCAAGGUGCCGGACCUGAAGGUCCCUGCGAUGCCCAGCACGGACUUCAAGGUGCCGGACCUGAAGGUCCCUGCGAUGCCCAGCACGGACUUCAAGGUGCCGGACCUGAAGGUCCCUGCGAUGCCCAGCACGGACUUCAAGGCCGAGUCGGAGCAGGUUGUCGCCGACGCCUCCGCCGCCGGCCGGCAGCUCACCUCGGCGGCCAAGGCCGAGGCGGGCGCGCUGACCUCGGAGGCGGCCAGCAAGGCGUCUGCGAUCCGGUCGCAGGCCGAGGGCGUCGCGUCUGCCGCGCGGCGCGAGGCGAGCGGUGCAAAGUCGGAGCUGAGCAGCUUGCGGUCGGAGAUCGCGUCGCUCGAGCAGCGCGGCGCCGCGACGCAGGCGCCGUUUGCCGCGCCACCCCGCCCCUCCUCUGCGCCCCCGCUCUUCCCACGGCAGACGCCGCGCGCCGAGUACGACAAGACAUUCUUCCUCAACUUUGGCACGCGAGGCGAGCUGAAGGACGAGGUCAAGCGCCUCAAGGACGACGCGGCGAGGGCCACCAAGAAGGCGGACAAGGCGGCAAAGGCAACUGCGGGCGAUCUAGAGAAGGCCGAGGCGAGCGCCGCAAAGGCGGGCGAGCAGGCAGCCAAGAUCGAGGCGGACGCGGCGGCCAAGGCGGCCAAGGUGACGGCCGAGGCGGAAAAGCAGGCGACGGCGCUCAGCAAAAAGGCGGAGGGCGAGGCGGCCAAGGUGCUCAAGUCGGCCGAGUCCAAGGCCAAGGCAGCAGCGAAGGCGGCAUCGAGCAGCGGCUCGGUGCUCCCUGGAGCGGCGGUGGGUGGCGCGUCAAAGAUAGUAAAGCCCUGA